UCACUCUCUCUCUCUCUCUCUCUCUCUCUCUCUCUCUCUCUCUCUGAGCAGUGAGCAGUAAUCAACUGUGUGUCCAUGGAGAAGAUCUCAGUUGCUGUCCGAUUCCGGCCAUCGAUCGCCGAAGAAACUGUCGGAGAUCGGCAAUGGAUAAUCGAGGAAAACAGAAUAUCACUCCACAAACCCCUCGGCACUCCAAUCUCCGGCUUCUGUUUCGCCUUCGAUCAUGUAUUUGAACAGAGCUCUACCAAUGCUGCCGUCUACGAUGUCCUCAUCAAAUCUAUAAUCCACGCGGCCAUCAAUGGUUUCAACGGGACUGCCUUUGCUUACGGACAGACAAGCAGCGGCAAGACGUUCACCAUGAACGGCUCUCAGUUUGACUCCGGUAUCAUUCCGCUGGCCGUGAGAGAUAUCUUCAAUACGACUCAUAAGAUUACAGACCGUGAAUUUCUAGUUAGAGUUUCUUAUAUGGAAAUUUACAAUGAGGAGAUCAACGAUCUCCUGUCGUUGGGGAACCAGAGGCUUCCAAUUCAUGAAAGCUUGGAGCGCGGGGUUUAUGUGGCGGGGCUUCGGGAGGAAAUAGUGAACAGUGCCGAUCAAGUUCUUGAACUCAUCAAACUUGGUGAAGCUAAUCGGCAUGUUGGUGAGACAAAUAUGAACGUUAGGAGUAGUAGAUCACAUACAAUUUUUAGGAUGGUCAUUGAAAGCAGUGCUAAAGAUUCCACCUCAUCUGUUGAUGCUAUACGCGUAUCUGUGUUGAAUUUGGUAGAUUUAGCUGGAUCAGAAAGAAUCGCUAAAACAGGAGCUGGUGGAGUUCGUUUGAAGGAGGGAAAGCACAUUAACAAGAGCUUAAUGAUCCUUGGGAAUGUGAUCAACAAACUCAGUGAGAAUGGAAAGCAAAGGUCACAUAUUCCCUAUCGCGAUAGUAAACUAACUCGAAUACUUCAGCCUGCUCUUGGAGGCAAUGCCAAAACCUCAAUAAUUUGUACGGUGGCGCCUGAGGAGGUGCACACCGAGGAAACCAAGGGAACUCUUCAGUUUGCCAGUAGAGCCAAACGCAUUACCAAUUGUGCUCAAGUAAACGAGAUUUUGACGGAUGCUGCAUUGUUGAAGCGACAAAAACAAGAAAUUGAGGAACUUCGCAGAAAAUUGCAGGGGCAUCAUUCUGAAGUAUUGGAGCAUGUGAUUUUAAAACAGAGGAAUGAUAUGCAUAAGUCUGAACUUGAACGUGAAAAGCUUGCAAUGGAGCUUGAGGAAGAAAAGAAAUCCCGUCAAAAACUUGAGCACCACGUAGUAGAGCAACAAAAGAAGAUUGAUUGUCUCAAUAAACUUCUUUCUUCUGAUAAAGCUAAAAAGUCAAUUCAGGAAAAUGUUUAUUCCGAUUCUAGUUUUGAGAAACUGCAUGGUAGUAAUUGCAUGUCUGAAGGCAACACAUUCACAACUCCUAUUUACAGAGCUAUGCCAGAUCAAUUUGUUGUAAAGCGAGCAAAUCUUUCUAAAGCAUUCGAUUCAAGUCCACUGCCUGAAAAUUUUACAAACAUAGCGAACGAGGACUUAUGGCAGCAGUUAAACAAAGGAUUCAGAACUGAUCUUGAUGCGCUAGAAAUGACACCUAACAUAAAAGAUGGUGCAGCUCAAUUAAACGAUGGAACUGAUUUGGAGGAGAGGAGUUUGAAAGAAAGGUGUGAUAACUUGGCUUCUGAAUGUACUAUCCAUGUCUUCCAAAUUGAUGCAUUAAAGGAACAAUAUGAUAACUUGGAAAGUAAAUACAGUCAGUUAAGAGAAGAAAACGCUUCCUUAGUACAAACUCUCACUUUCUCCAAACACGAUGUUGUGCUCCUUAAAGCACAGAGAGACGAGUUACAGAAAGAUCUGAACUAUGAAAGAGAAAAGAUGCGAGAUCUUAAAGAGGAGAUUCGGUUGUUUGGCCUAGCAUUUGCAGAGCGCGAGUGUUUGCUGAAUUCCCUUUAUUCAAAAUCGAAGGCCAUGAUUGAGACCUUCUCCAGCUCCCAAAUCAUAUGAUAAUAAUUAAGUUUCUUGAUUCAUUCAUGGAAGUACUUCAAAGUCUGGUAACGGUCUACUACUUGGCUUUCUCGAUCUUUAAUUGAUGACCCAUGAAUUACGUUAUUUGUUUCAAUGUUCUCCAAACACCCUUUUUAUAAUUCAGUUUUUUAACAAACAUGUUCAAAGUCACGGCCUGUAUCUAGUAGCUUUUUGCCACUUGUGC